AGCGCAAAUCACCCAGAGGGAGUGUUUCCAUUUUUGGACCAACAUCUCCAUUUGCGUGCUUACUAGAACUUAGUACGACGGAGCGGUUGCACAACUAGAACCUUCAAAACGCGUACCCAACGCAUAAAUUUGCAUGUUUUAUGGUGCUGAGAAUGUAGACCGAAAGUAUCCGGCUCUACCACAGCAGCAGUGUACCGAUUGGCUGGAGCGUCGAGCAUCAAGAAUAACCUUCAACCAUCGGCAUCGACAGUAUGCAGGCAGGCAGAGUCGAGAGUCGACUAGACUAAGCUAAUCGCACGUUCAGUUCAUUCGUGGAUGACUAUCGCGCAGCAAGUUUUUUUCUCGUACGAGUUAAUACAAUAAAACAGAAAUUCGCGUUUACACCCUCGCACAAUGCCGAAGCUCUACUAUCUCCGGGAGUCGGCACCCUCACGGGCCGUUCAGAUGACCGCACUGGCCGUCGGUGUCGAGUUGGAGUUGAUGGAGUUGAACGUCACGAAAGAUGAACCGCGCAGGCCAGACUACGAACGGGUCAGUCCGCAGUACAGCAUUCCAACGUUAAAGGACAAGAGCCUGGUCCUGUGGGAGAGCAGAGCGAUUCAAAUUUAUUUGGUGGAUCAGUACGGCCAGAACGACAAUUUGUACCCUAAGGAUCCGGCCAAACGGGCGAAGGUUAACGAGCGAAUGUUUUUCGAUGCGUGCAUCCUGUAUCAUCGAUUUUCCGAGUAUUACCAUGAGCAGGUUUUCGGAGGGCUGGAAGGCGAUCUCAAGAAGAUGGGCGCCCUGGAGCAUGCCGUUCGGAUGCUGGAUCUGUUUCUCGAAGGGCAAUCUUACGUAACGGGCCAAAACAUGACGAUUGUUGACCUCAGCAUGCUGGCCACGAUUGCUACCAUGAACGCACUCGGAUUUGAUUUGGAGCGUUAUCAAAACGUAAGUGAGUGGUAUAAACACAUGAACAAUGUCGCCCCAGGUGCCGAAAUCAACGAAGAAGGGGCCAAGGCAUUCGGCACUUUUAGCUAGCUAGUAGAGUGUAAUCGCUGUUGUUUGUCAUUAAAAGUUUAAAUUAAAAAUACGGUUU